AUGACAGCAUUUAUGAUCCAGGCACCUGGAACAGAAUGUAGUAUCCUUGAAAAACCUGAGAAUCCUGAAGUUAAACUGAAUGUUAGUGAGAUGAUUCGUUACUGGAAAUACCCAGUUGAAGAGUAUGAAGUUGAGACUGAAGAUUCAUAUAUUCUUACCCUUGUAAGAAUUCCCUAUGGAAGAAUGGGCAAUAAUUUAUCAGCUCAGCGGCCUGUCGUAUUUUUGCAGCAUGGAUUGUUGGCAACGGCUACCUCCUGGGUCUCCAACCUUCCCAACAAUAGCCUGGGCUUCAUUCUAGCAGAUGAAGGCUUUGAUGUGUGGAUGGGAAAUAGCAGGGGAUGCACCUAUUCCCUGAAACAUGCCUUUUUGUCAACAAAUUCCACACAAUACUGGGCUUUCAGUUUUGAUGAAAUGGCUCGAUACGACCUUCCAGCCUCAAUUGACUACGUUGUGAAAAAAACUGGGCAGAAGAUAUAUUAUGUGGGCCAUUCUCAGGGUACCAUUAUUGGUUUCCUAGCAUUCUCCACAUUACCCAAGCUGGCUCAGCAAAUCAAGACAUUUUUUGCCUUAGGUCCAGCCCUUUCCAUUAAGUACAUGAGAAGCAUUCCAUUUAUACUGCUUUUUCAGUUGCCUCUACCAUCAUUAAAGUAUUUACUGGGUGACAAAGACUUCCUGCCUGAGACCGUCCUCAACAAGUAUCUGGCCACUAAAGUCUGCGACAAUGAAGCAAUUGGUGUUCUCUGUGGCAACAUCAUCUUCAGUUUGACUGGUUUUGAUCCAAAAAACUUAAACAUGAGUCGGAUUGAUGUCUAUGCGUCACAUAACCCAGCAGGAACAUCCGUCCAGAAUAUUGUACAUUUCUACCAGGGUUAUCAUGAAAUUCAAGAAAUACUACGAGCUUAUGACUGGGGGAGUCCCAAAGAGAACUUAGCCCACUAUAAUCAGCCUUUUCCUCCAACGUACAACCUAUCUACGAUGAAAGUGCCAACUGUGCUGUGGAGUGGUCUAAGAGAUCUUUUGGCCGACCCAGUAGAUGUAUCCCUUUUAGUCCCCCAAAUCCCCAAUGUGAUUUACCACAAGAUUAUUUCUGAAUAUGAUCAUUUGGCUUUCAUUUUUGGCACUGAUGCACCUCAAAGAAUUUACAAUGAAAUAAUCAGGAUGAUAAAGGAAACUCCAUAAAAGUGGUAUUGCUAGUGAAAUCGCCUUCCCUUUUCUCAGGGCUGGGGCUUGCACUUCUAUUCUU